UUUCGUUCAAAUCAUUUGUGAGCAUCUUAAUGAUAUUUGCCAAUUUUCUAACUAUUAAAUACAAGGUAAUUGCCAAAGACAUUGUCUAACUUAACAUACAGAAUGUUGUCAUCAUCUCGAAUAAUGACGCAGACCAUGAAUGCCAUGAAACGUUUAGCUGUCAGACCAAUGUCUGCAAAUGUAGCGGAUGUUGGCAACUAUAAGUUUGAAACACUAGCUGUAACAUCCCCAAAGGACUUUGUACUUCAUGUGGAAUUGAACAGACCUGACAAGUUGAAUGCAAUGAACAACCAAAUGUGGAGUGAUAUGAUAUCAUGCUUUGAUAUUGCAGCCAAAGACUCCAAUGUAAGAGCCAUUGUGGUAUCGGGAAAAGGGAGAAUGUUCACAGCAGGUCUGGACCUCAUGGCUGCUGCAUCAUCACUUGCCCCAGAUCCAAACAGUGACGUUGCAAGGAAUGCAUUUCGAAUACAUGGUUUUAUCAAGUUCGCUCAAGAAAGUUGCAAUUCUAUUGAACGGUGCCAAAAGCCUGUGAUUGCUGCAGUUCACAAUGGUUGUAUCGGAGUUGGUGUAGAUGCAAUAACAGCAUGUGAUAUCAGACUUCAAACAAAAGAUGCAUAUUACUUAGCCAAAGAGAUUGAUGUUGGUUUGGCCCCUGAUGUUGGAACUUUGCAAAGACUGCCUAAAGUAAUUGGUAAUGACAGUGUUGCAAGAGAACUAUGUUUAACCGCCAGAAAACUAGAAGCAGAUGAAGCCAAACAGAUAGGUUUGGUCAGUCGAGUUUAUGAUGAUAAAGAUUCUAUGAUGGAAGCGGCCAUGGAAUUAGCUUCUCUUAUUGCAACCAAGACUGUUGCGGUCCAAAGCACCAAAAUACAUAUGAAUUACUCAAGGGAUCACACAACACAGGAGGGGCUGGAUUAUAUGGCAUCAUGGAAUGCAGCAAUGUUGCAGACUGAAGAUAUUACAAAAUCAGCACAAGCAUUUAUGGCAAAGAAAACACCAGCAGAUGUCGAAUACUCAAAAUUAUAAACUUGAUUCGCCUAAUUGUAGUAUUCCUGCAACCUGAUUAAAUAAUUAAUCAUGAAAGUGAGACUGCCUUGUAUGAUUCUCUUGGCAUUUCCAGGUCACAAUGGAUCCAUGUGGUAUUUCUUGGACCAUCUUAAUUGAUUAGUAAUUAAGCACCGAUGAUUUUUCCAAUUAUGCAUUGCUUGUACUGAUGAUGGCUAU